AUGAUCAAAAUUUUAUUCACAGAAACUGAAAUAUCGAGUAAAAACGCCAAGCAGGCACAAUAUCGCGUCAAUCGUCUCCUUCAAGUGUUAAGUUUCUUUCAGGUUUGUUUACAAUUUUAAAUUUUUUACAUCCUAAGCAUUUAAAAUUCAAACUCUCAGAGGAGAAUCAGGCUUCAGUAGAGUUAUACCCUGACGUGCUGUCACAACUCGACUCUGACCAGGCAUCAACAACAACAACAACAACUUAAUUUAUACCCAACAGUAAACAGAAAUAUUGGCGAGUAGUAGAGGCUGCCCCAAAUAACCAUAGGAGCUAAACAAAAGUGGCAGCCAUACUUAGGUGAUUUUUCCAGAUAUCACAGACACACACACACAAACACAAAACACACCAAAACAAACAAAAUAAAGAGAGUUAAGGAUGUCAAAGUAAAAAAACCAACAAAAAGCCAGAUGAAUUAUGGUGUUAAAAUACUUUACAAUUUUUAGUAGCUUUUAAGAACAAUUAGCUUGAGGUUUUUCUUAAAGCGUUAGAGAGGAAGAAGUUUUACAUAAUAAUGCAAGUUGAAGGGUGAUAAUGUCAAACAACUUGACAACAUUUAGAUCUUUAAAUAAAGGACUUCAAUGUUCAUUAGAAAUAGUGAAAGUAAUUAUUCUUAAUAGAAAUUAUUCUUAAUAAGGCAAAAAAAGCUUAAGCCAAAAUUUUAAAAAAUCAGUUUGAUAUUGAGGUCAGUUUUAAAAAACACCAAACCUCGUUACCACCAAGGUCCGGAAGGCAUUGGAUCCAGUUUGGUUGUGGAUUGCGGCUUUUGAUGAAACCCACUGCUCAGUACAUUCUUAAUAAUCAAAAUCAGUGUUCGUUAUAAGCCGUAAUGGGACCUAAAAGUUUUCAUGAUGCUAUAAGUGGCCGAGUUCUCAUUGUACAACUUAUUUUUGCAUGAGCCCUAGAGAAAGUAUCGAGUGAGUCAUUCAGGCUCAUGAGCGAAUUAUUUCGUCACAUGCGGCUCAAACUGGCUUUCUGCAAAUACUGUUGUGAAGAUAGAUAAAGAUGUGUUGCAUUCAGUAUUGAACUCAUGAACGGUUUGGCCCCGCGAUCUGUAACCAAUGCCACGUUUUCCUGUUUUCUACGACAUGCAGAAGAUAUAUUACAAUUUCGGGUAGCUUCGGGUUUACAAAACGAAAGCAAACAAUAACCAGUUGAAGACCGGGUUUUAGGGCUAAACGAAGAAACACGGGGAAGUUCAAUACAAGAAAGGGUACAACAAUGAUUGUUGCAAUUGUUCUCUAUAAUUAUAAACUGUUUUAUUUAAAUUACGUAAGUUCUACAAAAAUUGCAAUCAUUAUAUAAUCUCGAAAAUCAUGAUAAUUGCAUUCAGUUUCCACAGAAUUAUGGUGAAUGUCCUCCUGACUAAGAUCAAUAUUUUAUUUCACAGAAACUGAAAUAUCGAGCAAAAACGCCGAGCAGGCACAAUAUCGCGUCAAUCGCCUCCUUCAAGCGUCAAGCUUUUUUCAGGUUUGUUUACAAUUUCAAAUUUUGUUUACAUCCUAAAGCAUUUAAAAUUCAAACUCACAGAGGAGAAUCAGGCUUCAGUAGAGUUUUACUCUGACGUGCUGUCACAACUCGACUCUGACCAGGGCAUCAACAACAACAACAACAACAACUUUAUUUGUACCCAACAGUAUACAAAAAUAUUGGCGAGUAUUAAAGGCUGACCCAAAUAACCAUGAGAGCUAAAGAAAAGUGGCAGCCAUACUUUGGUGAUUUAUCUAUAAUCAUUUGGGUCAGAUAUCACACACACACACACGCACAAACACAAAACACACACGCGCGCAUGCGCUCUUAACACUAAAACAAACAAAAUAAAGAAAGCUGAGGAUGUCAAAGUGAAAAAACCAACAAAAAGACAGAUGAAUUAUGGUGUUAAAAUACUUUACAAAUUUUAGUAUUUUUUAAUUAGCUUGAGGUUUUUCUUAAAGCGUUAGAGAGGAAGAAGCUUUACAUAAAUAAUGCAAGCUGAAGGGUGAUAAUCUCAAACAACUUGAACAACAUUUAGAUCUUUAAAUAAGGGACUUGAAAGUGCAUUAUAAAUAGUGAAAGUAAUUAUUCUCAAUAGAAAUUACUCUUAAUAAGGAAAAAAAAAAACUAAAGGCAAAAAUUUUAAAAAAGUCAGUUUGAUAUUGAGUUCAGUUAUAAAAAACACCAAACCUCGUUACCACCAAGGUCCGGAAGGCAUUGGAUCCAGUUUGGUUGUGGUUUGCGGCUUUUGAUGAAACCCACUGCUCAGUACAUUCUUGAUAAUCAAAAUCAGUGUUCGUAAUAAGCUGUAAUGGGACCUAAAAGUUAUCAUGAUGCCAUAAGUGGCUGAGUUCUCAUUGUACAACUUAUUUUUGCAUGAGCCUUAGAGAAAGUAUCGAGUGAGUCAUUCAGGCUCAUGAGCGGAUGAUUUCGUCACCUGCGGCUCAAACUGGCUUUCUGCAAAUACUGUUGUGAAGAUAGUUAAAGAUGUGUGGCCUCCAAUAUUGAACUCAUGAACGGUUUGGCCCCACGAUAUAUAACCAAUGCCACGUUUUCUUGUUUUCUACGACAUGCAAAAGAUGUAUUACAAUUUUGGGCUUACAAAACGAAAGCAAACAAUAACCAGUUGAAGACCGUGUUUUAGGGCUAAACGAAGUAACCCGGGGAAGUUCAAUACAAGAAAGGGUACAACAAUGAUUGCUGCAAUUGCUCUAUAUAACUUUAAACUGUUUUAUUUAAAUAGCGUAAUUUCUACUAAAAUUCCAGUCAAUAUAUAAUCUCCAAAAUCAGGAUAAUUGCAUUCAGUUUCCACAGAAUUAUGGUGAAUGUCCUCCUGAUUAUGAUCAAUAUUUUAUUUCACAGAAACUGAAAUAUGGAGUAAAAACGCCGAGCAGGCACAAUAUCGCGUCAAUCGCCUCCUUCAAGCGUUAAGUCUCUUUCAGGUUUGUUUACAAUUAUAAAUUUUUUACAUCCUAAAGCACUUAAAAUUCAAACUAACAGAGGAGAAAUAUCAGGCUUCAGUAGAGUUUUCCUCUGACAUGCUGUCACAACUCGACGCUAGACCAAGGCACAACAACAACAAUUUUUUUUUUGUACCCAACAGUAUACAAAAAUAUAGAGCAGCGACAAUGCCCCAAAUAACCAUAGGAGAUAAAGAAAAGUGGCAGCCAUACUUUGGUGAUUUAUCUAUAAUCAUUUCGGUCAGAUACCACACACACGCACACACCCAAACACAAAACACACACGCGCGCAUGCGCAAUCAACACCAAAAGAAAGAAAAUAAAGAAAGGUAAGGAUGUCAAAGUAAAAAAAAAAAAAACGGGAAGCCAGAGGAAUUAUGGUGUUAAAAUACCUUACAUUUUUUAGUAGUUUUCAAGAAGAAUUAGCUUGAGGUUUUUCUUAAAGCGUUAGAGAGGAAGAAGCUUUACAUAAAUAAUGCAAGUUGGAGGGUGAUAAUGUCAAACAACUCAAGCAUGUUAAGGCAUGGCUCAAUUUUUGGUCUCGACCCCCCCGCCCCCUUCCCCCACUCCCAAAGAAAAAGCUGUUCUUCUUCUACGGCCACGCAUUUUAAUUCUAAAAGUUGCAAAAAACUUUCGAGAAACUUUCUUUCGAGGCGUUGAAUUAAUUAGGGUUGAAGUGAUGUAGUCAUUUGGAACGUGACGUCAUAACGAUAUUCAAAAAGAAAUUCAAAAUGGGGUAGGAAUGCUUGAUUACAACUAAGUUUGAACCAUGUUUAAAUGUUUGUUUUACCGUACGAAUUUUUUCUGUGGCCGGAACGGAGAGAAUUUUUAAUUUCUUAAAAAGAUAUGAACAGGUGAAAAGUGUCACGUGACAUAUUUUGCUUAAUUACUAAUUAAAUAAAAACGUGAGUCAACCAUUCCGGCCAGAUUCAAGCGAGAAAUGAUGAUACAAUAAAAAAACUACUGUAUUUAAUAUAUACUGUGUGGCAUCUUGCCACCCCAUAUUUAGCUGUCUUUUUUUUCCUGGAGUGACCAUAAGUGGUGACGUGACACAGACAUCUGAUUUCUUACGUUACAGGAGAAUUAACCGAUUUUUCCGAGGUUGCCAAACUUUGGAUGGUUCUGAUAAAUUUUCACAAAGUUAUGACCAUUAUAAGAUUUUAUGCAAAUUAGCCUCAGGCCAUGCCUUAACAGUGCUUGAGAACUUGACAACAUUUAGAUCUUUAAAUAAGGGACUUCAAUGUUCAUUAUAAAUAGUGAAAGUAGUUAUUCUUAAUCGAAAUUAUUCUUAAUAAGGCCAAAAUUUUAAAAAAAUUAGUUUGAUAUUGAGGUCAGUCAUAAAAAACACCAAACCUCGUUAGCACCAAGAUCCGGAAGGCAUUGGAUCCAGUUUGGUUGUGGUUUGCGGCUUUUGAUGAAACCCACUGCUCAGUACAUUCUUGAUAAUCAAAAUCAGUGUUCGUAAUAAGCUGUAAUGGGACCUAAAAGUUAUCAUGAUGCUAUAAGUGGCCGAGUUCUCAUUGUACAACUUAUUUUUGCAUGAGCCUUAGAGAAAGUAUCGAGUGAGUCAUUCAUGCUCAUGCAUGAGAGAAUGAUUUCGUCACCUGCGGCUCAAACUGACUUUCUGCAAAUACUGUUGUGAACAUAGAUAGAGAUGUGUGGCUUCCAAUAUUGAACUCAUGAACGGUUUGGCCCCACGAUAUAUAACCAAUGCCACGUUUUCCCGUUUUCUACGACAUGCAGAAGAUAUAUUACAAUUUUGGGUUUACAAAACGAAAGCAAACAAUAACCAGUUGAAGACCGUGUUUUAGGGAUGAACGAAGUAACUCGGGGAAGUUCAACAAUGAUUGUUGCAAUUGUUCUAUAUAAUUUUAAACUGUUUUAUUUAAAUUGCCUAAUUUCUACAAAAAUUUCAAUGAUUAUACGAUCUCGAAAAUCACGAUAAUUGCAUUCAGUUUCCACAGAAUUAUGGUGAAUGUCCUCCUCAUUAUGAUCAAUAUUUUAUUUCACAGAAACUGAAAUAUCGAGUAAAAACGCCGAGCAGGCACAAUAUCGCGUCAAUUGCCUCCUUCAAACGUUCAGUUUCUUUCAGGUUUGUUUACAAUUUUAAAUUUUUUUACAUCCUAAAGCAUUUAAAAUUCAAACUCUCAGAGGAGAAUCAGGCUUCAGUAGAGUUAUACCCUGACGUGCUGUCAAAACUCGACUCUGAUUAAGGCAUCAACAACAACAACAACAACUUUAUUUGUACCCGACGGUAUACGGAAAUAUUGGCGAGGAGUACAGGCUGCCCCAAAUAACCAUAGGAGCUAAAGAAAACUGGCAGCCAUACUUAGGUGAUUUAUCUUUAAUCAUUUGGGUCAGACAUCACACACACACACAAACACAAAACACACACGAGCGCAUGCGCACUUAAUACUAAAACAAACAAAAUAAAGUGAAAAAAAAACAACGAAAAGCCAGAUGAAUUAGGGUGUUAAAAUACUUUACAAUUUUUAGUAGCUUUUAAGAAGAAUUAGCUUGAGGUUUUUCUUAAAGCGUUAGAGAGGAAGAAGUUUUACAGAAAUAAUGCAAGUUGAAGAGUGAUAAUGUCAAACAACUUGACAACGUUUAGAUCUUUAAAUAAAGGACUUCAAUGUUCAUUAUAAAUAUUGAAAGUAAUUAUUCUUAAUAGACAUUAUUCUUGAUAAGGCAAAAAAAACUUAAGGCAAAAAUUUAAAAAAAAAACAGUUUGAUAUUGAGGUCAGUUAUAAAAAACACCAAACCUCGUUACCACCGUGGUCCGGAAGGCAUUGGAUCCAGUUUGGUUGUGGUUUGCGGCGUGACACGAGGAAGUUCAAUACAAUUUCAAGACUGUUUUGAAUUAAAACGCCUGCUUAAACAAGAGUCAGUUUGCAUAGAACAGGGGCACCCAGCGACUGGUUUCUCCUAAAUACCAUAAAACUUGUGUAAGACCAUCAAGACUGCUAAUUUAAGCUUAACCAUACAUUCUAAAAUAGCCAGCUUUAUUAACGUUUUUUCUGUACGGUUAUCCCGGGCAAAUUUAGCUUUUGAAAUUUACUAGGGUUUCUCAUUAUUACGUUUUGGUUCCUGAUCACUUAGCUAUAAUUGUUAUAGUAACGUUUUACAAAAACGAGGGAUUUUCUAAUAUCUCUUUCCGUGACUGUUCUCGAAACCAAAAUUUAGGUGUUCUUUCUAGCAAACAUGCUGGCCACAUCUGGAAAGUGAUAUGUCAACUUCCGUAAAUCGUAUAUAAGGAUGUUGAAAAAAAUAGUUCAAAACGUAUAUAGAUGAAUGGAACAAUCAUCUGGAAAUUUUCAGCCUUUCUUAAGCUAUAGAAAUUGCAAGGCAAUAUUUUUUUCUUUUCCAAACGAUGUUUUACAAAAUACAUUCGUUGGGUUCCUAUGAAAGAAUCCUGCUGAAAGCCUUUCAAUUCGUGUCAAUCGUUUAUUUCACAAAAACUGAAAUAUCGAGUAGAAAACACCAAGCAGGCACAAUGUUUGUCAUCCGCCUCAAGAUGACCGCGGCUUACCAACAGUUAGAAUUAGAUCUAAAUUUCUCUAUCAACAUCCUGUAAAAACCACACUUCUCUUACGGAACUGCUCACGCCCUCCGCGUUUCAAAAAUAGUAUAAAAGCAUGGUCCAAUUAAAAUGUGGAAAAGCAAAAAAGGGAGGAGAGAAAGUGGCAAAUUGUUUUUCGUGGUAGAAAGAGCUAUUUUGCCUUUUUUCCUCAUUAAAUAUGCACGAUUUACGAGACAAGAAUCAAUGAGCCUGAGGAUUUGAACAAUUUGUUGGACAAUGAAAGCGGCAGCCAAUAGAACUUGCAUAAUUACGUAACGACACAGUGACACCAUGUAUCAACCAAUGAAUACUUUUCUUAGUUUUUAGUCAAGAAACAAAAAACAUCAGGCCUCCAUCGACCUAGAAAUUACCAGAAAACCUUUCCAACGGGUUGUGUCACCUAACAUAGCGCAUGACCUUUUCUCAAUGAAAUUCCUUGGCGUUUUACUCAUGGGAUAAAGACGUCAUCAGCGUUACUAAAUUCCUCCGCAAGUGAAUGCGAUUUCUCCACAAAAAGGGGUUCAUUUCAUCUCCACUAUACUACUGAUAAUAUCGCAAAGAGGAGACGUUAGCCUUUAUUUUCUAACAUAGGCACGUUUAACGUGCACAAGCUAUUUUGAAUGCUUUAGUGUAAUCGUAUCAUCAAUCUACUGUUUUAAUCCUUGAUGUAGACUAUUUUUUGUGCUAAACUUUGUAUUGUUGUACAUUAAUGAAAACGAGAAACGCUGCACACAGCUGAGUCGAUCCUCAUACUAUACAGAUUCACUUUUCUUAGUCUUUCCUUCGGACAUCUGGUGCAAAAUAUACACAUUGUUAAAGUUCUAUGAUUAUCAACUCACCAAACGUUGCUCAAAGGGAAGACUCAAAAGUUUCAAGGUUUCUUCAUGGUGUCUUAAGAUAAGAUCGCUGAAUACCGAAUAGCUAAGAUAUGUUACGAUUUUCAUCAUUGGUGUCGUUGGUUGCAUCGUUAUUCUACUUUAAGAUGAAACAGUCUUUAACUCUGACGACUUGAUUCUAAAAGUGUUAUAAGCCUUAACUUAAGGCACUAGUUACAAAGCUAAAGAGGUCUUCAUUUGUUAAAGUUACUGUUAUUGCUAUUAUUACAGUUUUUAGGUGAAAGUGUUGUACUUUGCCCCUUUUGUGGUUCACACGUGAGAGAAUUCGAGUUAUCACAUAGUAAUCCAGUAAGCAGGAUUAUAAAAAAUAACUCAUGCACACAAUUUGUACGUGAAGAUGUUGGACUUUGUCCCUUUUACAAUUCGUACGUGGAAAAACGCAAAUUGUUUACUGGAAAAUUUGCUCAAACGAUUUUAAGAAAUUACCUCGGCUUUACAACAUAUGCAAUUAAAUCAUGCUUCAUGCAACGUUAAGGUCGAUAGCCUAACUUUUAUUUACUUCCCAUAACAUUAUCAAACCGCCGAAAUAUAUUUCUACUAAUAUCAUGUUUUUCCAGUUAAUAAAACAAUACCUAAUUAUUUUGUCGACUAGCUUCUUCCAAGUUUUAUUCCCUAACGCUAUUGUUUCUACUUAAGUUACACAUCUUUACUGAAUAAAGUACGUUUCAAUAACUAUAAUGACUCUUAAGCAGCAAGCAUGUAUCACGUUGUUCACUUAAUUCAUGUUUUUUUUUUUUUGCUGGAACGAAGAAGGUCUGUUGAACUUUGUAAGCGAGAGAAUAAAACUUUUUUACAGGAUUAACUUACUCGGUACAGCUUUCAAACAAAAAAUAAACUGCCUUUUAAACUUCUAAAACAACAAUUCAUGGGCUGCACACAUGUACUUCCGAAUUUAAGUCCAUAUCUAAAUAUCAGUUAUUGUUUCAUUAAAACAACUUUGAAAAAAUAUAUGAUCUUUUAUAUAAAUUGUGAAAUACGUGGGUUGUACAGUUCGCGAUAGCCGGGAAUUAGGUCAGAAAUAUCUUGAAGCCGCACCCACAUGUACGAAAAUACUGGAACCCUUAAACCGAGCUGCAUCACUGUACUGAGUGUUUUAAUCAUGGAGAUAUUUAAAUGUUAUGCUUCUAAACACUUUUAGCCGUAAUGAAAGUCGAAAAAAUGGUGAAGAAUCAAGAUGGCGAUCUCAAAGUGCUCUUGUUUGACCUUUAGCAAUGUCAUGUUUCAGGGGCACCCAACGACUGUUUUCUGUAAAAUACCUCUUCGAAGAAACAAAACUUGCCUAGAAUUUUCUAUAGCUUGGGGAAGGCUAAAAAUUUCCAGAUAACAGUUCCAUUCAUGUACAAUUUUCGUAACAUGUCUAAUAAAUUCCCUAGGAUUUUAUACAUUAUAAUUUGUCGAAUUUCAGUACCCAAGUUAGCCUUUUUUUCGUAGAAAAAGCAAACCUAAAAUUUUCGGAUUCAAACAGGCGAUGGAGAGAGGAAUUAGAAAAAUUCUCACUUUCAUAAAACUUAAAAUUGCAUCUAAAAUUUUCGGGGAAAAUAAUACGGAGGCCCUUGUAAUUUCGAAAAGACUCAAGUUGCCCUAGGACGACCGAACAGAUACAAGUUUUAUAGCGCCGCUUAGAAUGUAUUUCUUGAGAUCUGAAAGUACUCUGGAUACCCUAAAAAGUGUUUUCAAUGCCUUUAGGAGGAAACCGUCGAUGCAUGGGUGCCCCUGAUGUUUAAAUGCCAAAAUCUAAUUGGUUCCUAGCAUCAACUGAUAGUAUCUUCAACCUUAUUGAUCCCUGCAACGCACAUUCAAACACACAAAGCCACAAAGCCACAAAGAUACAUACGCUCAGACCACUGACAUAUGAGCUAUUUUUUCAAAAAAGUUCAACAAUUAAUGGUAUGUGUAUGUGUAGUUGACCAUUAUCACAUGAGAGUAGAGAUUCACCAGAUGGCGCAAACACAUAAGAAGAUGAAUAAAAUACACUCAGUGGAAAUUCGAAGCUUGACGACAGACGCCUGCAUACUCAUGAAAAGGACCCAUCACCCUCCUCUGACACACCACUUAGUGCUCUUAACCUCUUGGGCAUCAUUUUAACUCGGACGAUUCCAACAUCUGAUCGCACAAGGGGAUUUUCGAUUCACCUUACUCAAAACAUUGGCAUCAUCUCGAAUACACCCGCACAAAAAAAGGCGAGCUAUCCUAUCGUGCAUCAAGCUUACACGUAGCCUUCACAGCGCAGAAGGUGAUACUGACCAUUCUCUGGUGUAGAGCAAAGUGAAACUACAGGCAAAGAGAAUCUACCACACAAAGACUGUGUGCAAACCAUGCCUUGACGUCAGCAAGACCCCCGAUGGACAGAAAGUGGAGGAGUUCAUAACUACGCUUGAGAAAUCUCUCCCCCAGCCUCUCUAUUGGAAAAGUCCAAUAAAGAUUGGAUCACUUCAGGGAUGCGGUUCAUGGAUCAGCCAUGCCCAACUUCGGUAAGAAGAAAAACAAAUCUGCAAUAGAAGAAAAGAGAAAAGUGAUACCUGGAUAAAAGACCUGCCCAAGUGAACAAACUGUCUACAGGCUCUAGAGACAGCACGUAGUCAUGUGCAACGAUGCAACAGACCCUGUGCAAAUGAAUACUAGCCUGAAAUCUGUGCUAGUAUUCAUUCUGCUGUUGAGACAGCUAUUAUCAAGGCCAUAUGUACGAUGAAAUCAAGCAGACACUUGGUCCUUCUCAGAAAAAAACAGCCCCCUUAAAUUUUGCUACAGGCGAGAUAACCCAGGACCGAACGCAACAGAUGGAGCGCUGGGUAGAGCAUGAUUACUCUGAGCUGUCUGCCAGAGAAAAUAUGGCGUCAUUGGAAGCACUGAACGCCAUAGAUUGCUUACCUGUUUUGGAGGACCUGGAGAGUGAACCUACUAAAGUGGAGCUGAAAGAGGCCCUGGGGUACCUGCGCCUGGAAAAGCGCGCGGCCAGGAUGGUAAUACUCUGCCUGUGGUAG